UGAUUCUAUAACAAAGAUAACACGAUUUCAAGAUUAUUAAACAACUUUUGCAUAAUUAAACAAUUUAAACACAUAUUAGUAUUGAUAUGAACUUUAUGAGCAAUAUUAGCCGACUUAUUAAUUUUAAGUUGUUUCCUAUCCUAAUCCCCACAGAAUUCGUGAAGAAAUCUAGGUCUUCUUUGUAUCGUAGUAUCGACCAACGUUAUCAAAUUACAUUCAAGUGUAUAAGAUAACCGCAUGUUACGUUACGAAAAAAGUUCACACAGUAACUCAGUAACAUUGGUCUGAUUCGAUAUAUUUUCUAGCAUCAUCUCCUCAAUGCCAGAACCAUGUAGUGCAAACCGCAUCAUUUCCGCAUAAAAAAAACUUGAGGGGCAUCUUUUUUCACGUACGACUUCUUGCGGCAAAGAGGAAUGGAUUUGAUUUUAGAAUGGCAGAUCCAACAAUUCAAACGUUUUGCUGCCACCCAGCAAAUGGUACAGAUGUAGCUCUAACCAUAAUGGAUGAGUUCAAUACGGACACAUACAACUGUGUCUGCAUUUUUUCAUCUGCGAUGGGGAUUUUGGGUGCUAUCUAUCAGAUUUUACCCAGAGAAGAAUUUUCGAACAAUCAUAGAUGGUUCUCAUGUUCUGCACUAAGAGGACGAAGGAUCAUAAUAUGGCUGGCUGUUGCCGAUCUUUUAGCAUCUCUAGGUGUAUUUACGAGAGCUACGUUAUGGAUAAAUUACAAAAAUAUAAUGCCUGCAGUCGAUGAUCAAUCAAGUGUCCUGUUUUGUGCUGUAUCUUCGGCUUUCACACAGUACUUCUACACAGCUACGUGGAUAUGGACCCUUUGUUAUGCGGUAGACAUGCGACUGGUACUUAGACAGAAGGAAAGCCGUAUAAAAUUAUACCACCUAGCUGCAUGGAUUAUUCCUGCGAUUCUUACAAUCACUGGAUUAUCCCUGCUAUAUAUUCCUGAUGCAAAUUGUCACUACGAGUCAAGUUUGAGUCACGCGGUCCUGAGGAUACUUCCGAAUUACUUUGCAACAUAUGUACCGAUAACUGUGGUUAUGAUAGCAAAUCCUUUGUUAUAUCGGUAUUCUACUGAAGAUUUGCAGGCAAUCAUCACUAGUACAACAGGUCAGUUCACAAGCAGAGAAAGAGAUGUCAUGGAUGCUAUUAAGAUGAAAUUUGCUGUGAUCAAUGUAGUUUUUUAUAUUUGCUGGGUGCCGAAUUUGAUAAAUGGAAUUCUACUGUGGACACUGUGGUUCCAUUUGCCAGUUACUUGGAUUAUUACAAUUUGGUACCUUAUGGCUCUGCUGAACCCAUUGCAAGCUCUUUGCAACUGUCUGGUUUACCGAAGAUGGAGCAGCGGGUCAGAACGGGUGAUUCUUCCAUGGAGGAUUUUGGAAAAAGACGGUAGAAGUGAAACAGUAUCAUCCGAAAGCUUUACAGAAACAAUCAGGGAAGAAGUUUAUCCACUGUUGCAAAGCACACCUGCCAAUAGUGUUAAUAUGUACAGGAGUAUUUCCUCCACUACUUAACCAAUUUUGUGUCAUAUGAUGCAUAACACAUAGUACAGUUUGUGAUUAUGUGGAUGCAAUUAUGAUUUUAUUAUUGUCACCUUUUGUAUCUUUCUUCAUGAUGUAUAAGUGUUGCAUUUGUCCAUUUGCCAAAUGCGUUAAAAACAUUUAAAACCUCUAAUAAAAACCAACAUUGUCUCAAUUUAUUUUGUACAUAUAAGUGCUUUUUUAAACUGUUUUUUUAUCAUAAAAUAAUUGUGUGCGAUGAUAUUUACAUGUUUAUCUGAAAUAUAAAAUUUUAUAUUA